AUGUCGGAACGAGGCGAGCGCGAUCGCGAUCGCGAGCGUUCAGAUAGGAGAGCAGGGCGUCACGGCGGCGGCGGCGGUGACGAGCACGGCUCUGCGUACUCCUCAUCUUACAGGGACUACGAUCGAGGAGGCGAUCGCUAUAGUGACAGGUACGCGGACCGACAAGCGGAUAGGUACGCUUCGGGUGGUGUAAGGGAUGACCGAAGAAGAAGAGACUACGACCGCGAUGCGGACUACGGCAGAGACAGAGACCGCAAGUAUGCGUGAGUUCUGCUUCCUCGCCAAAACACUUCCUCGCGCUCCAUCAGUGCGCACGGGGUGCUGUCCUCUGCUGGCACAGUGAAAAAGGUGGCGUCUGACUCACACCCACUUGCCCCUCGCUCCGCGCAGUCGACGCGAUGAUGAUCACUCUCGAGGGUCGCGAUACGAUGCGCCGCGAGACUAUGAGGCAGACAGAUGGGCAGGUCGGGAUCGCAACGAUGGCGCAUACAGGCGCGAAGAUCCGUACGCACGCAGAGGAGGAGAUCCUUGGCGCGACCAACCACCCACGAGCCGUGUAGACGAGAUGAUGAGGCGAAGUCCCACACCACCAGGAACUAGGCGCAUCAGCGAGAGACUGCGAAAGAGCAACAAGUGGGAUGUAAAGCCGCCCGGUUUUGAAGAGAUGUCGGCUCAGCAAGCCAAAGCGACUGGUGAGUCCUUGAGACUGGGAGACAGGUCACACACCGCGCUGCUCCAUUUAGGGCCUGUCAGAGUCGCUUCACCGACGCUGACCACCUGCUCCUCCUUCAUUGCUCGUUCGCGCAGGACUUUUUGGCACGCCAGGCCAGUCCAGAGGUGGUGCUGGCACGCAUGCUGGCUCCUCCCUUCCGCCCAUUCGCAUGGGCAGCGAUGUGGCUGGCUUGACCGACGCUCAGCGACAGGCGGCAGGCCUCAAUGGUACGUUGGCGGCCCGCGGACUGCGUAGAUUGUACGUUGGCAACGUGCAACCAAUGGCAACAGAGGGCGCAUUCAUGUCCUUCUUCAAUGCCAAGAUGCUGGAGAUGAACUUUGCUUCCAUGCCUGGCGAACCAUGCAUGUCAGUUCAGGUCAAUCCGGACAAGGGAUGGGCUUUCCUAGAAUUCAGAACUCCAGAAGAGGCUACAAAUGCGAUGGGCUUCGAUGGUAUCAUCUUCCAAGGUGCAAGCUUGAAAAUUCGCAGACCAAAGGACUACACUGGACCCGAUGUCAACCCUCCCUCAAAUGUUCACGUGCCGGGCGUCAUCUCCACCAAUGUGCCCGAUGGACCGAACAAGAUCUAUAUCGGUGGCUUGCCAACUUAUCUGCAAGAGGAGCAGGUCAUCGAGUUGCUCAAGUCCUUUGGCGAGUUGAGAGCUUUCAACUUGGUCAGAGAAGCUGGCAACGGGGCCAGUAAAGGCUAUGCUUUCUGCGAGUACGUCGACCAUACUCUCACGGAAGUGGCUUGUGCAGGUCUCAACGAAAUGGAGCUUGGAGAUCGCAAGCUGGUUGUGCAGAAGGCUAGCAGUCAGUCAGGAGGACGCAAUGUCAAUCCGAUGGGAGCUACUGGAUCCAACAUGGCACCUCUUGGUGCACCGGGCGCAGGCGGUCUUACGCUUCCCUCUGCAGCUGCUAAUGGGACUGGCGAGCCAACCCGAGCAAUGACGAUGCUCAACAUGGUCACGCCAAAGGAACUAGAGGACGACACCGAGUACGGAGAAAUUUUGGAGGACAUCGCAGAGGAGUGCUCCAAGUACGGCAUCAUCUCGGACAUUCGCAUUCCCAGGCCUGUCGUUCAGUCCAAGGGUGCUGCUGCUCAAAAUUGGAAAACGACCGCCGCUGGCUCGAGCGGCGAGACGGACGCCGAGGGCAAGGUCAAGGAACGAGAGGGUGUAGGGCGAGUCUACAUCCGAUAUGAACAGGUGGAUCAAUGUCAACAAGCUCUGCGCGGGCUUGCUGGCAGGCACUUUGGAGGUCGCACAGUCAUUUGCGCAUUCAUCAACGAGGAUGAUUGUGAGUUCGAGCAGAAUACGUAGAACGCGAACCUGGCAGGGUGUGUGCUCAUUCGCUUCCUCUUUGCGUUUGUCAUCAGGGCCCGCCGAUGAAGACGGCGGUAUUGGAGCUGCAGGCCAAGAGGUUGCAGCUGCAUAA